AUGAUUGGCGAAAGCGCUUUAAAAGUAUAUGAUACAUUCGUUUUCAGAAUCGAAGAAAACGAUAAAUUAACACCUUUAUUUCAAAAGUUUGAAUGUUAUUUCAGUCCGAAAAAAAACAUAACUUAUGAACGUUAUUUAUUCAAUACAUGUAUGCAAGACAGCAGAAUAUUUACUGACUUCUUGAUUGAUUUACGAAACAAAGCUAAAAAUUUCAAGUUUGGAACCCUCGAAGAAAGCCUAAUACGUAACAGAGUAGCCUGUGGAAUCAAUUCUAAAGCUUCCAGAGAACAACUACUUAGAGACACUGAGCUUACUCUAGAAAAAACAAUGAAUUUUAUGAGAGCAUAUGAAACAUCAAAAACACAAUUAAAAGGCCUGAAAAAUACAAUCCAGGCUGAUUCUAUAAACAAACACGGAAACAGAGCUAAUUUCAACUCCCUAAAGAUUGAUAGACCUUCAAAAAAAUCUUGUUAUUACUGUGGAUCACAACAUACAACCUCGUUUUGCCCAGUAUAUGGCCUAAAGUGCACAGCAUGUGGAAAACUAAACCAUUUUGCUAAAGUAUGCCGAUCCAAAACUAAUCGCUUUAAUACUAAUCGUGUAGAACAAGUUGAUCAAAAGAAAGUUAACCUCAACGUUGCAGAGUUAUAUAUUCAGCAUUUUGCAGCAUCAAUGGAAUGUACUGACGAUUUAACAACAAGUAUUACAGUCAACAACAAAAAUAUAACAUUUAAAUUAGAUACUGGAGCUCAAAGUAACGUCAUUUCAUACAACGUCUACAACUCUAUUCCUGGAAGACCUCUCAAAAAAAAAAAACAGUAA